AUGGCAGACACCACCGUUGACACAUACGGCUUCCCCGCUGGAUAUUUCUUAAUCCGUUCUUUGGCUUCUAACCGACUUGUUGAUGUCGAUACCGACGCAAUUGAGGAUGGUACCGAGGUUAUUCUUUGGCCGGGCAAAGAGAAUUCCCUUGUCGAAUAUUUGAGAAAUCCAGAAGCCAACAACCAAGUGUUCUUCAUUGACACAUCCGGAGCGUUGUGCUCACGUUCUUCUGGCCACGCCAUCGGCAAAGCUAACUCACGCUUACUGCAAGAUGAUCGCCUGGUCCUGCGCCACCGCAGGCCGAUAUCAUACCCGUACCCUAACUCCUACUCACACCCAGUAGUACGGUUUUCGUUCGAUGGCAAGACGAAAGAAAUCUCAGUGACUUUUCCUGUGGAUCCCGUUCACUAUUCCACCGGCGAUCCAAGAAGCGUCGUGUUCGAGCCACAAUCUCGAGUUGUCUUAGCUUCCAUCCCAAAACGCAAACCGCCCUCGUUCGUGGACAAUGCAGGGCGUUUCUUUCAAUCGAAUCUUGUUACACCCUUCCAGUCCAAUGUGGUCAACCCGUUGACCCACGUGCUACCGAAUCUCUCUCCGAUGGGGUCACCUUCCACAACUUCAGCCAACCCUGAACAGGUCUUUGAUGGACGCAUCGAACUUGGGGACGACGAUACGCUUGAAUCUGAACGCGGUGAAGAAGGUGAAGUGGACGAUUCCCCGGACAAAAAUCGACGGUUGCGGUUGGUGAAGAUCGAAGAAGGGCGGCCUGCAUCCGAUGCAGCGAUACAACGGCGACAAUGGGAGAUCAUACCCUUGAGAAGGGCAAAAGCCCACACGGGAGCUUUAUGA